CUGUGUGAUGAUGUCAAUGUUGAUUUUGCAGGUGACGCAUUUGUGCAAUUUGCCGAUGAAGAACAAGGCCAACGUGCUCUAUCGAAACAUCGUCAAACGAUCGGAAAUCGAUACAUCGAACUGUUUCGCAGUACUAGUGCUGAGGUGCAACAGGUAGUGAAACGCUCCACAGAGCCGUCAGCGGCUAAUGGUACACGUCGUGAUUGCGUACGUCUUCGUGGAUUACCGUAUGAGGCUCGAGUCGAGCAUGUGGUGGAGUUUCUCGGUGAACACGCUCGUUUCAUACAAUUCCAGGGUGUGCAUAUGGUUUUCAAUAGUCAAGGACAUCCAUCCGGUGAAGCAUUUAUCCAGAUGAACAGUGAACAAGCUGCCGCUGGUGCUGCUGCUGCUGCCCAUAACAAGUUUAUGGUGAUCGGAAAGAAACAGAGAUAUAUUGAGGUUUUCCAAUGCUCUCCCGACGACAUGCAUUUGGUAAUGGCACCUACUGCACCGGCACCGGUGCCACCACCGCCGCAGCUUAUGCUGCCACAGAGACCAGCUUUUGUGCCAACUCUUGUGCCAAUGUCGGCACCAAUGUUCUGGCCAUAUCCAUCGCCACCUGUAUCGCCCAAUAUGGUCAUACCUGGACAGGCAAUGGUUUACGGUAUCGGUCCAAAUGUUGGCUUACCGGACAUCAUCGCUCAUUUCCAAACACCCGACGUGGUCGUCGAGAAUGUGAUGUUCACUCGUGUCGCUCAGGGCAACAUUCCCGGUGAAGCAGUCGUGACUAUACGAUCGCGAACUCCGUCGGAUCCGCCAGUGGUUGCGAUAGAUCCGCAGUUCUUACAAAAGUUCCAGAUGCCGAUUGAUGCACAAUUCAUGCCUGGCGCAGUGCCAAUGACGCUACCACAGGCUCUACCACCACAGCCGAUCUACACACUAAUUCAGUCGUAA